UUUUUAUGAACUUUUUGACAUAUGACCACCAAAACGCCUCAAACUGUCAUGGCGAAUCGUGUGACGUCAUACGUUGCAAAACACAGUGCUGUUUGUUUUUGGUGGAUGAAGCGUUCUUAUAAUUAAAGCAAUAAAAUGGAUCACAAGUUUUACAAAUAUUGUAUAGUGCCUCAGUGCGAAAGCUCGACUAUUAAAACACCUGAAAAACUAUUUAUACAUGUGCCUAGAAAUGAACAAAGGCGAAAGUGGCUACAACUUGCAAGACGCGACGUGAAUGUGGCUUUGGAUUCAAAAAUGUACUUUUGUGAGGAUCAUUUCGAUUUGCCAAAUGAUAUGGAAAAUUACAUGGAAUAUCAUGUCAUGGGAUUUGUAUCGCAAGUUCGGAUGAAACCAGAUAUUUUACCUAGUAUAUUUGAUUGUCAACCAGAUAGAAGAAAACGAGCAAGCAGUAGUUUGGAACGACCAUGUGCUCUAAAAAGACAAAGGAUGACUAUAAUAGCAGAGUGCUUAAAUAAAACAGACAGCAGCAUUGCCAAAACUACUCCAGUUCAAGAAAAAUCUCCAGUUAUUAAUGAAGAUUUACAAAAAACUAGAAAAACAGAAGAUUGCUUAAAUAAAACAGUUGAGAGCAGCAUUGCCAGCACUAGUUCAGUUCAAGGAGAAUCUUCUGUUACAAAUUCAGAUUCACACAUGAUCGGAGGAAUUUUACAAGAACCUAAAAAAACAGCAAAUAAAUGUGUACAAGUAUUGCUGACAAAGAAAUACAGAAGCAAAGCUACUCAAACACAAAAGAAAUCAGUGGACCAGGCAGCUUCACCACCUUCACCAUUCAGAUAUAGCAAAAAUGUUUCUACAUCUCCAUUUAAAGUUGAACAUGUACAACCUAAACUAUCACGACCAUCUGGAUCUGGAAUAUCAAAGAAGUUGUUAUGGGAAGAAGAUAACUCAGAUAGUGAUUUUUCUUUAUGUAAGUCAACUGUGACUCAUUCAGAAUCUUCACCGUCUACAAAAUCUACUUCAAGUGGCAGCGAAACAGUUAAACAGGAGAAAAAAUCAAUUGAAGCUGUACAAAAUAUAAUUAAUAAAAUUAAAAAUAAACCUAGGUUUUACAUUGGAAUACCCAAAAGCAGUUACUUUUUAUUGGACAUAAUAAGUAAAGAAACCAAUAUUUCAAUAGAAAAUUUGAUGUUAUGUUUGAAAAAAAUUCGCUUAGACACUAAAAAUCAAGAACUAGCUGAUGACUUUGCAAUGACACCAUCGAAUGUUACCAAAAUUUUUUUUAAACAUGUGCUUACAUUAGCAAGUGUGUUGCGUCCAUUCAUUGUGAACAUAGAUAAAGAAUUAAAUAGAAAAACCCUGCCCAUGGCAUUUAGGCAUAAAUAUUAUAACGUUAGCUGCAUUAUUGACUGUUUAGAAAUCGAGGUGCAAAAGCCAUCUAAGUCAGUCAACCAAGCAUUAACUUGGUCUGAAUAUAAAAAAGCCAAUACAAUUAAAUAUUUAAUAUCUUGCACUCCAAAUGGAUUAGUGAACUACAUAUCGCAAGGAUUUGGGGGCAGAACAACGGAUACAUGCUUGGUAGAAUCGUGUGAUUUUGUAAAUACUUUAGAAAAAGGAAUGGUUGUAAUGGCAGACAGAGGGUUCAAACACAUUGAACAGUUUUUAUUAAAGUCUAGGGUUCAAUUAGUUAGACCUCCAAGUGUACAAUCGGGUGGAAAACUAAGUAAGGUUGAGGCUAAGCAAACAAAACAAAUUGCUAGUUUAAGAAUACAUGUGGAACGUGUGAUACGGCGUUUGAGAGAAUUUAAUAUGUUAAGACCACAUGCAUGUGUCAAUACAAAUCAUGUAAAAAUAUUAGAUGAUAUUAUUACUAUAGCAUGUGCUUUAAUUAAUUUGCAAGAUUCUCUAAUUAAAUAAAACUUCAAAUGAUGCCUUGUUUUAUUUAUUAU